AAUGUCAUAGGGGAGGCUAGGCAUCGUACCAUUCCAGUUUGUGUCAAAAUGGCGACAGAAGGUAGUGACUGUGGGACAGAGGCCUUGUCAACUGAAACAAGGAUUUCUUGCUGUAGCAAGCAGUCAUUGGAUGCAGCAGUGGAGAAAGUACUUUGCUCCAUCGAUAGGGUAAUUGGGAAGAAUUCAGAGUGGCCUGAGGAACAGAAGGAACGACUCAGGCGGAGAUUUCGAGAGGUGUACAAGAGUUCCCUCCAUGAAAACUGUUGUGUUGAUGGCCAAUCCUGGGCUGAGGCUAUUGAUGCUGACACAACCAAAGAAUUUGAGCCGGUGGACCUGAAGAAGAAAGCUGAUGCAGAGCAGACGGCAGCCGAUCUGGAUGCGCUGAUUGUGGCAACAGUGGCAAAGCGGAAGGAGUUCCCCCCGAGAUUGACUCAGCAACUGGCCAAGAAGCUUCAGUGUCAGCACACAGCUACAGAGCAGUACAAGCCUGUCUUACCAAAGCCCAUUGAAGACCCCAGUCCAAUUAUAUCUGCAGAAGAUGAGCAGGAUGUCUCCAGCCGGGUCACCGCAUCCAGUGACCAAGUAUCAGUUUUGUCCAGGUUACUGCCUGACUUGGAAGAUAAGUCUGGCCGAAUCUACGAAUCCAUCAAUAUUCAUGCCAGUCUAGCUGCUAACAAAACCCAAAGGGUGAUCACCAAGCCAUCGGAGAAUGAGUCCAAGAUGGCGACAUCCUUGACACCUCUACGAGCCCAAGCUCAAGACAAUGAGACAUCCACAGCUCACCCACAAGCUGCAACAGCUUCUGCACUGAAAAGGCAACGGCUUAUGGCACAGGUCCACAAUAAUAAAAUGAAACGCUACAAGGCUAGACCUGCCAAUAUGGGCAAGCCAACGUGAGGGGUUGGCCUCUUUGGGCUAAGGUUUUUGCAUUUUCUGCUAUUCUUGGUUGUCGUUUGAAUUUUUUUGCUUUGGCAGGUUUUUUUUUUCCUUUCAAAUUUUUACCAAUUCCUUGAGUUUGGACAGUGUACAUCCUUACUCAUUUGGGUGCCCAAGCAAGGAGCAGUAUGACUGAUGACAGCAUAGAACAGUGUAGAUUAGAUUCGGAAUAUCCCAACAUCAAUAAUAAUGUCAAUUUUCCAGCAAUUUUGAUUAAGGUAAAAUCGGUCAAUUUAUAUAUUAUUAUCUCCAUGAAGUCUUUUGAUCAAGUGGUGUGUUUCUGAGCAUAGAAGGAUACAGACCUCCUUCCUCCAGGUCACAUCUAAAUCUGUGCUCCAUUUGUCAUCAGACUGGGGCAGAAACUGAACCCAUGCCCUCCAAAGAGCAGGUUCAUAUCCAGCUUCAUUUUGUUUUGUAAGCCUUCCCAGCCGCAGGUCUAAAUCUAACUCAAUAAGUGGAUUGGAACACUGCAAGUACCAGGCUCGUUGUGUUACUUGACUGGAACAAGACUCAAUCCUGUCUUCAGUACACAUGAUACAUGUUCUAUUCAUGCUGGAGUGAAUUGCUUUGCCCAGGCCUAUAUUUAUUAUAAGAUUAUCUGUUGUGGGUUCAUUUCGUUAUCAGCUCUAAUUUAAUAGCAGAGUGGUGUAUUUUUUAAGCUUUACUUUGCUUUGUUUUUAAGUGAUUAAGAAUGUUGUACAUAGAUGUAGAUAUUAACGUAAACCAUGCGAAUUAUUCUAUGCAAAGAUAUCUUUUGUAUCUUUGCCAAGAUUGUACAUUUUAAGUGAAACAUGAAAUUUCCAAGAAAAAUUCCACAUUUUUAAACAGGAUUAGGAUUGUCCUGACGGAUUGAAUGCCAAGUGUAAUAGUCACGGUUCCUAAACAAUGUCCAGCAUUUGGAACAGAUACAUCGAUGCCAACCAGUGCAACAUCAUUCUCAGAGGCCACAAUUUUCCAUCAGCAAAUCAGAGUGUUUUCGAAAUGAGGGGAUUGGGCGGAGACUUUGGUUUUGCUGGUUGCAGCCAUUUUGAAUCAGCGUUCGAAACCACAUGUUCAAGCUCUGACAGGAAGCAGCGAAACCGAAGUCCAAGCUGAAUCCACUCGUUUCAAAAAUGCCCUUAGACAAACCUAAACCAUGGUGUUAGUCCUCAUCUCCAUUGAGAACAGAAAUGGAUACAACUUUUGAUAUUUGUGCAUAGCAGUUGGACAUGCUAGAAUGAAAUAACUGGAAAGUACCACAAGGAACUAUUGGCAGCCCUCUUCCAUGUAUUUCAGUGCUUGGUGAACAGGAUAUGAAGGGUUUUUCUCUUCAACAACUUUUUUUUGCAUACAGUUGAUACGUAACUCACUCAAAGCACUGUGUACCUGCACACACAUACCUGUUUUACAUACAAAGUGUGGGCAUUCCUUUGUUCUCCUGUGGUUAAGGAAACUUGAGGAAAA